CCUAUCAAACCUUAACCCUAAAUCUUAUAUUGAUUCUACAUGAGAAAGAAAAACGUUUCUAUUAUGGAGUAACCAACAUUGGAAGCCUAAACCAUAUAUUCGUAAUUACUAGUGAUACCGCGGCAUGAUAUCGUUAGGGAAGAUCGCAUCGCAAAUAUGUUACAAGGUAUAUUAAGCGAUAGUAGCGAGGAUGAAUUCCCAGAGGUAGACGUGGUUGUCGGUCGGUAUCAUAAAGUACCAGGAAAGCAGGAGACCAGCGGAAAAAGUACACAGACGACGGCAAAGUCCAUUUCACGAACAGAACGUGAUGUGCUAGUCAAGUCAAAUACAGCAGUGAAAUCGACACCUCUUCGACGGCGGAAACUAGGUCAAGGUCAAGGCCAAGGUCAGGUCGUGGAUGGAUCCCUCUUAAAACCUUGGGAUGACAGCGCAACUGCCAAGGAAAAAGGUGGCCGGACGUCAAAGUCAAGGGGCUCUCGUGCUCCUAUUCCUAUUCAAAGAGCAAACCCCAAACCAGAUGUAUCCUCUGGGGAUACAUCAAAUCCAUUGCCGGCCACGGCUCGGCAAACGGCUUCUCGUACGAUAUUGUCCAGCACCAAGCCGGUUCUAUUGCCAAAGGAAAAGGAGAUAUCUAAUCAAAAGAGCAGACGGAAAGAUGGACACGAAGAAAAUGAGCAGGUUUCUCGGAAGUUAACCAAAAAACCAAUACUUUCGGACGAUUCUGAAGAAGAAUCAGACACAAUACAGGAAAUCGUAGAGACAAGUGAAGAGGAAAUUUCCGAGUUCGUCUCAAUAUCCGAAUCCGAAUCAGAUACGUGGAACUCGGACUCAGAACAGUCCUUGACACCACCCACGCGGCGCUCAAGGAGUCCCACCACUCAAUGGGCGAAGCCUCAGAGAACGUUGUUCAGAGACCCGGGCAAAAAGGCAGCACCCAGCAACAAACAACCCCAAGCAACCAUCGUCGACCCAGGCAAACAUUCACCCAAACAACGCGAGCCCAAGAGAAACAUUCUUGACUACUUCAAGUCAUCCCAACCAGGAGAUCUAGAAGACACCUUUCAGAAACUUCACAUCUUCAACGAGGACUCCGAUUCUGACGAGCCCUCGACUAAAGCAGCUAAGAAACCUGUGCUGGAGCCUAUAACGCCUAAGAGGACGCAGAAGACGCUGCCUGCGUCUCCCCUCAAGACACCUAGGAUCCCCGCAUCGCCCUGGAAACCCGAGCAUAAGGAGUUUUGGGAUCCAGAGGUGAACUUCGCCUGGAUCGACGAGCACUCACCCGAGAAGCCCAAGGCCGAUGCACCAGAGAAGGCAAUCAAGGCAAAGAAGCAGGGCGCGCCGGAAACGGCCAAACGGAAGCCCGGCACAAGCCCAGCAAAGCAGCUUCGGGAUGCGCGGCGUGCCUUCGACGCCUGCAAGGAAGAUCUCGCGCGGACCUUCCUCCGCGAAUUAGACGAGCGCGUGACGAAGGGCCAGCUAGCACAGCUCACACAGGAGACGGGCGGCUUGCAGAUCAAGUGGUCCAACACGCUGCUCACGACAGCCGGACGCGCGCACUGGAAAUGCAGAACAGUGUCUACGACGACACGGCACGCCAACGGGACUAGCAGUCAGGGGGCUUCCAUGCGUCAGCACAACGCGUCCAUCGAACUGGCAUCCAAGGUCCUCAGCAACGAGGCAGACCUCUUGAACACAGUCGCGCACGAGUUCUGCCACUUGGCCGUAUUCAUGCUCGGCGGCCCCAACACUAGCCCCGAGGCCGAACGUGGUAUGGGUGAGAAGAAAAAGAAAGCAGCAGCACACGGCCCCGAGUUCAAGGCCUGGGGCGCGCGGUGCGGGGCUAUUUUCGGCGACCGCGGUAUCCAGGUUACCACGAAGCACAGCUACGAGAUUGAGUACAAGUACGUCUGGCGUUGCGGGGACUGUGGCAUCGAGGUUAAGAGACACUCGAAGAGCGUGGAUACAGAGCGCCAGCGGUGCGGUGGAUGUCGUGGACGGCUGGUGCAGAUUAAGCCUGUGCCGCGUGGCUCCGGUGCUACUAUCAAAACUGGUGCUGGCGCGACGAGUACUCUGGGUAAUAGCACCGAUGCAGGUGUGAGCGGGAGCGGGAGCGGGAAAGAUAGUACCGUCGCCGCUAUCGCAACGAUACCCAAGAAGAAGAGCGCAUGGCAGGAGUUCAUGACGAAAGAGGCACGCGUCCUGAGCCAGACGAACCCCGGACUCUCAUUCAAGGAACGCAUGGCGCUUAUAUCGAUGCGAUGGAAAGAGCUGCAGAAAGAAGAAAAGCAGAAGGAUAAGAAGGACGGCGGACGAGCAGUAAAGGAGCUGCAGAGCGCUGUCGAGGUCCUAACGAUCGACGACGACGACGACGAUGAAGGGGGGCAAGAAGAGGGGGACAAACAGCAGGAGGCUGUAGAAGACAAGGCUCGGGGCACUUAUGACAUCUUCGCGUAGCGCCGAAGUGACACGUUACAGACUGGGGGUGCGCGGCAGACGGGUAUAUACGCCUGAGGGUUGUACGCGGACGGGUUCUGGCAUGGCAGAAUGUUAUUAUCUAUCGAUCGAUCGUUUAGGAUAGGUAGACGAGGUGGCCAUACAACGCCCCGUAUCAUAGCGAGAAUAAUACCUAGGGGUACUAAAGGGCAGUAGCGUUGGCUGGUAGGUAGUUUAGACCGACCGUUUGUCUCGAUGACUUGAUAAGAAUGAGAAUUUAAUUAAGAGUCUACCUAAUCUAAAGACGGG